CAAGCGUGCGCCACCGCCCCUCGUGUCCCUAUCCCUUCAACAACUUAGCGCGAGGCAGCAGCCUGGGGACGUCCUUUACAAGUACACUCGCGCAACAGCCCCGGAACGUGCACCGCGAUCGCGCCUCUCAUUUGCUUGCCACGCACGGGGGCUAGGAGCAUCGGGUGAGUGUGAUAGUGCAAGCAGAGCGUGCGUGCGGCGCGAGCUAAGAGUCAUGGGGCAUCGGGAUUCGGAGGCGCCGGCGGCGAGCGCGGCCGCAGCGGGGCGGGUCGUGAACGUUACUGGUGACGGUGGCGCGGCGCCGGGGGACGAGGCGACCUUCGACACGAACAUGGUGAUCAUCCUGGCGGCGCUGUUCUUCGGGCUGCUGUUCGCCAUCGUGCUCAACUCGCUGGCGCGGUGCGCGCUCCGGUGCGGGGGCCGGGGCGCGGCUGGCGGCGCCGAGGGGGCGUCCUCAGGCGGCGCAUCCUGCGUCGGCAGCGUCAGGAAGCGCGCGCUGAGGAGCAUCCCCGUGGAGGUGUACGGUAGAGGGGAGGAAGACUCCGAGGAGGACGUGUGCGCCAUCUGCCUCGGCGAGUUCGCGGAUGGCGAGAAGGUGCGCGUGCUGCCGCGGUGCGGGCACAGGUUCCACGUCCGAUGCGUGGACGUCUGGCUGGUCUCGCGCGGCUCGUGCCCGACGUGCCGCCGACCCGUGAUGGGCGGCGCGCCCGCGAAGGGCGGCGGCAGCGUGGGACGAAGCCGGCGGCCGGAUAGCGACACCAUCGCCGUGGUCAUCGUGUGAAAGCAGCCGAGCAAUCGAAGCCGGCCUAAUGGCGGAACGCACACAAGCAAAAAACAAAGCAAGGUAGAGUAUAGUUCUGACCCGGUGGAUAAGCUCGUGUAAAAUAUCUCUGUAAAAUAUCUUCCUCGUCAUGUAGUCUCUUCGAUCGGAUAUUAUCCGGCGACGGUCGGGCCACUUGCACGUCAGGUGUCGCUACUUGCUAUAGCUACCGUCGCAGCAUCUA